ACUCAGUUCUCUCCAAGUCAGUCAGGACUCAGAAACUCACGCAACAAUAAAUUAGUAAUGUGCUGACUGCUGAUCAGAGCAUGGAGUUCUUGCUUGUGUUCUCCAGCAGCUGUUGAAAAGGCCGCACCCCGAAAAACUAUUGGAUACCUGUGUUCAAUUUUGAGAGCCAUCUUCAAUUGGAAUACAGUAAAUCAUGGCAGAAUGGUAUCAUCACGUGGUUGUCGUCAUCUUGUCACUGGUGUCAAUUCUGAAUGCAGUUGAAUUCGACAGAAAAGAAGUGUGUUACGCCACCAACCAGGAGCCAUACCUCCAUUUCGCUUCAAAAACAGCCUACGAGUUCGUGUAUGGCAAGAAAAAGUACCAACCUAUACCAAAUUGUACUCCCAAGCAAGUAUGGAUCCUGGCAAGGCAUGGUACACGUUAUCCAUCUCAAGAAGAAAUUGUAAAACUGAGAAAUCUAUUAAAACUUCGUGAUAUCAUUGUAAGAAACCAUGAAGAGAGACGAACGGGAAGUUUAUGUGAAAAAGACAUUGAGAAUUUUAAAGAAUGGCAUUACAAUGUGGCUGAGAGUGAGGAAAAAAACUUGACUAUUCAAGGGUGGAAUGAGCAUCGACUUUUGGCCAUGAGGAUCAAAACUAACUUUCAUGGAAUUCUGGGUGAACCCUAUUCUCCGGAGAAAUUCACUAUAGUUAGCACAAAUACAAGCAGAACAAUGUUGAGUGCAAAGGCGUUCAUUGAAGGGAUGUUUGGAGAUGAUACGACAGACAUUCCAGAGGUGGUCAUAAACAACACUGUGAUUAAAGCCUACAAAGGAUGCGAUAGAUGGAAGAAAGAGGUUAGUGACAACCCAAAAACUGACGAAGAAAUGACACUUUUCAAUAAAGGAAGCAUUAUGGAUACAGUUGUGGCAAAUGUCAGCAAUAGGCUCGGAUUCCUGAAUAAUCUGACUGAGGGUGAUUUGCAAAAUAUGUUCUCGAUGUGUGCAUUUGGUAAAGCAUGGGACUACUACAAAGUUUCGCCUUGGUGUGCGGCCUUUACUACUGAAGAAUUAAAAGUAAGCCUACCUCUCAACUACACAAAAAGUGCUAUUCUUGAGAAUAAAUUCCAUCAGCAGAAACUGAAUUGUUUGCUAUAUUUUUAUUUUAGGAGAUUAGCGAAUAAUGAGCCAGAGAAAAAUGGAGUCUUCUACUUUACUCAUUCAACUGCUGUCAACUCUGUACUAACAAGGCUUGGAAUUGCGAAAGAUCCAUUCCAAUUGAAACACGACAACUAUUAUAGCUCCUUGAAAAGGAAAUGGCAGAUUUCCCUGAUUGGACCAUUCUCUGCAAAUCUACAAGCUAUUUUCUACAAAUGCACAGACGGCGAAGAGAAUCGAGUGAGCUUCUUUCUCAACGAACAUCUUGUCAAUUAUGAAGGCUGUGACGUAGGUCUGUGCUCUUGGAGAUAUCUGCAGAAGAAACUGCAAUCAGUGGUUGAUCCUUCCUCAUGUAAUCGCGACUUCUGCUUCUAUUCCAGCUCUUCUACAGUUGCAACCAAUCUGUCCGCCAUAUUUAGUUGUCUGCUAUUUGUUUACUCAGUCAUGAACUAUCUAACGUGAACGUAAUUUUAAGGAAUCAUUGUUGAAGCUGACCAUGGAAUCUCAUAAUAACGAACAAAUCUAGCUAGACAUUGGAUGUUUUCAGGCCCGGUUGCACAAAAGCCGGUUGAAUUUUAAUCGUGAUCAACUCCACAAGAAACAAUCAGAGAAGGGUUUUUUGAAAAGAAGGCCUCUUCGAUUGGUUCUCGUGAAAUUAAUCACGAUUGAAAUUUAACCGGCCUUUGUGCAACCGGCACUUAGUAUUUUAUUUUACAGUUGAACAUAAUGUAGCUGAAUAAAAGACAUAGCUGACUACUGGAAUUUCACAAUGUAAAAGUCUAGCUAGACAUCGAAUAUUAAUCUUCCAGUAUCAAACGUUUUUCAACCAGAUCACUCCCGUGUUAUCGGAUGGGCACGUUAAACUGUCGGUCCCGGCUGAAGUAUGACAGUCGUAAGGCCCAUUGACGGCUUAAAUUAUAUAUUCAGGCGGUGGGACCUCCCCAUCAACAAAAACCAUACGAAUUUACUUAAUUCCAGUAUUUUAUUUUACAGUUGACAAAAUGUCAAACAAGUGACUUACAAUUAUUGAAUAUUGAACCAAUCUUACUCUCUCUACUGAACAAAUUUAGCAACACAUAGUGUACUUACUCUGAUAUAUUAUAUUUACAUUCUUGAUAUUUGAAUUUACGUGUUUUGUAUAAUUAUUAUAGUACCUUAUGUUAACCAGCCUCUUUAAGUAGUUCCAUAUUUUCUUAAUAUGUAUAAAUUCAGGGCUACUCAUUUUUAUUUAUAAAAAAGGGUACUAUGAUGUAAUUUUGUAAAUAAAAGCCUUUUAAAGGUUUGCUUAUGGUAGCGUAUUUGGUUCAAUAAACGUUUUUUCCAUCCAA